GGCCACAGCCCGCAGAGGCAAGGCGGGCCCAGGACUUGUGGAGACAGAGGGUAAUACUAAAGCUCGAGCCCUGAGGCCCUGCUGGCCCCUGGGCACCGGCCCAGCCGCGGCCUCCAGGGAUGGCCCUUGUAGAUGCCGACAUCUUUACUAAGGACCCCCGGGAACACUAUGAUCUAUUGCAGCGACUGGGUGGUGGAACCUAUGGAGAAGUCUUCAAGGCUCGUGACAAGGUGUCUAAGGACCUGGUGGCUUUGAAGAUGGUGAAGAUGGAGCCUGAUGACGAUGUGUCCACCCUUCAGAAGGAGAUUCUCAUGUUGAAAACUUGCCGCCAUGCCAACAUCGUGGCUUACCACGGCAGUUACCUCUGGCUGCAGAAGCUCUGGAUCUGCAUGGAAUUCUGUGGGGCUGGUUCUCUCCAGGACAUCUACCAAGUGACUGGCUCUCUCUCCGAGCUCCAGAUCAGCUAUGUGUGCCGGGAAGUGCUCCAGGGUCUGGCCUACCUGCACUCACAGAAGAAGAUACACCGAGACAUCAAGGGAGCCAACAUCCUCAUCAAUGACUCCGGGGAGGUCAAGCUGGCUGACUUUGGCAUCUCAGCCCAGAUUGGGGCAACCUUGGCCCGACGCCUCUCUUUCAUUGGGACACCAUACUGGAUGGCGCCAGAGGUGGCAGCUGUGGCCCUGAAGGGUGGAUACAAUGAACUGUGUGACAUCUGGUCUCUGGGCAUUACGGCCAUCGAACUGGCUGAGCUUCAGCCACCUCUCUUUGACGUGCACCCUCUCAGGGUUCUCUUCCUCAUGACAAAGAGUGGCUACCAGCCUCCUCGGCUAAAAGAAAAAGGCAAAUGGUCGUCGGCCUUCCACAACUUUGUCAAAGUCACCCUCACUAAGAACCCCAAGAAACGCCCUGGUGCUGCCAAGAUGCUCAGUCAUCAGCUGGUGUGCCAGCCAGGGUUGAACAGAGGCUUGAUCUUGGAUCUUCUUGACAAAAUGAAGAAUCCCGGGAAGGGGCCACCUAUUGGUGAGAUUGACGACGAGGAGCCUGAGCCACCCCCUGCUAUCCCUCGGCGGAUCAGAUCUACCCACCGGGCCAGCUCACUGGGGGUUCCAGACACAGACUGCUGUCGGCGGCACAUGGAGUUCCAGAGGCUCAGAGGAGUGGAAGCCAGGCCUUCAGCUGACACUGUUUGCUUACAGGCCCCUGGAGACUGCCGGAGCACCAGCCCCAGGAGCCAGCUGUCAGAGUCUGAUGACGACUAUGAUGACGUGGACAUCCCUGCCCCAGCAGAGGACGUGCCUCCUCCACUGCCCCCGAAGCCCAAGUUCCGGUCUCCUUCUGAUGACGGUUCUGGAGGGGUAGGAGACGACGGACAACUGAGCCCAGGGGUUCUGGUCCGGUGUGCCAGUGGGCCUCCUCCACGUACUCCCCGUCCUGGGCCUCCCCCAGCCACUCGCAACCCCCAUCUUACAGCCCACUCAGAUCCCUCACUAUGGAACCCACCUGCUCCAGAGCCAGGCCAGCCCCCACUCCUACCCCCUAAGAAGGAAAAGAUGAGGAGAAAGAUGGAGAAAGUGAAGCGCCACGAGGGAUGUGCCCUUCUUGUGAAAUUAUUCAACGGCUGCCCCCUCCAGAUCCACAGCACAGCUGCCUGGACACACCCCUCUACUAAAGACCAGCACCUGCUCCUGGGUGCAGAGGAAGGCAUUUUCAUACUGAACCGGAAUGAUCAGGAGGCCACGCUGGAGAUGCUCUUCCCUGGCCGGACAACCUGGGUGUAUUGCAUCAACAACCUCCUCAUGUCUCUCUCAGGGAAGACCCCCCACCUAUAUUCUCAUAGCAUCCUGGGCCUGCUGGAGAGGAAAGAGAUCCGAACAGGAAGCCCCAUCGCUCACAUUAGCCCCCACCGGUUACUGGCAAGAAAGAACAUGGUCUCCACUAAGGUGCAGGAUACCAAAGGCUGCCGGGCCUGCUGUGUGGCUGAGAGCCCUAGCUCCGGGGGCCCGUUCCUGUGUGGGGCACUGGAGACGUCUGUGGUCCUGCUCCAGUGGUACCAGCCGAUGAACAAAUUCCUGCUUGUCCGGCAGGUGCUGUUCCCACUGCCCACGCCGCUGCCAGUGUUCGCGUUGCUGACAGCGCCGGGCUCCGAGCUGCCGGCCGUGUGCAUCGGCGUGAGCCCCGGGCAAGCGGCGAAGUCGGUGCUUUUCCACACCGUGCGCUUUGGUGCCCUGUCCUGCUGGCUGGACGACUCCAGCACGGAGCACAAGGGACCAGUGCAGGUGACCCAAGUUAAUGAAGACAUGGUGAUGGUGUUGAUGGACGGCUCUCUGAAGCUAGUGACCCCAGAGGGGGCCCCAGCUCCCGGGCUUCGCACCCCUGAGAUUCCCAUGACGGAAGCCGUGGAGGCUGUGGCUAUGGUGGGAGACCGGCUCCAGGCCUUCUGGAAGCAUGGAGUUCAGGUGUGGGCUCCAGGCUCGGAACAGCUGCUGCAGGAGCUGAGAGACCCCUCCCUCACCUUCCGUCUGCUCGGCUCCCCCAGACCUGUUGUGGUGGAGACACGGCCCUCGGAUGACCCCACCGCCCCUAGCAACCUCUACAUCCAGGAAUGACCAUCUGAGAAGGCAUGCCAUGACUAACGGACCUCUGCAGAUUCCUAACAGACACACUAGUGGUCACAGCAUGUCCUUAUAAUAAACAUGA